ACCACUUCUGGGCCUAGCCCAAUUCGGCCCAUAUAAGCCCACUUGUCUCAGAAUCAUUUUUUUAUGCUGCAUAAAAAAAACAACACUGCUUCUGCUUCUGCUUCUGCUUCUGCUUCUGUUCGCUUGCAUUUCUCAGAAAAAAUGGCUUCUGUGUUCUUCACUCAAGCCUCUCUUUUCUCCUUCAGGUUGGUUCCAUAUGAUGAUUUGUGGGAGAGAAUUCAAUUUGGGAUCUCCUUGCACCCAGCGAACCCUAAUAGAUAUCAUCAAUAUUUUCUUCCUCGUUGCCUAUAUCUUGGGCUUAUUAUCCACCUCCUUCAGAAAAAAUUAUGCAAAUGGAAACCGGAAUCGGCGUUGGUAUUCGAUUAUUGUUUCAUUGUGUUGUGCAUUAAUCAGCAUUGCGUAUAUAAUCUUGGGGAUCUGGGAUUUAUCCAAUGGCAAACAAAAUAUUUCUAAUUUGGUGGUCUAUUUUGUUAGGGGAAUAGUUUGGAUAGCCCUAACAAUUUCCAUGCACAUUCACCCAACCAAAUUGGUGAAACUUAUAGCUUUUAUAUGGUGGGUUUCAUUGGCACUCCUUAUCUCUGCUUAUAAUUUGGAGGUUUUGUUGAAUGUGCGCCGCACCGAAAUCCUUGAAUUAAUGUCAUGGCCUGUUAAUAUUUUACUUCUCUUCAAUGCUCUAAGUUGCAUUUUCAGAAGCAGUGAUCCUUCCUGUGAUAGCUUGUCUCAACCUUUGCUAACCAACAAUGACGUAAACAGUGCGAAACUGUACAAAGCCGGCCUAUUUAGUCGGCUGACAUUCUCAUGGCUGAGCCCUUUACUUAAAUUAGGCUACUCUAAACCAUUAGAUCUCGACGAUAUCCCGACCUUAGAUUCAGAAGAUGGGGCAUUUGAUGCUUCCCAGAAGUUUUUGCAAGUGUGGACUAUUCAAAAACAAGAAAAAUCGAGGAGUCGUAACUCAAUAUUUUUGGUAUUGGGCAAGUGUUAUUCGAAGGAUAUAUUGUUAACCGGUUUCUAUGCAUUGGUAAAAACAAUCUCAAUCGCGGCAGCUCCUAUUUUACUAUAUUUCUUUGUAUGGUACUCUCAUAAAGAGGAGAGGGAUCUCUACAUGGGCUUCUUGUUGAUAGUUUGUUUGAUAGUUAUGAAGCUUGCCGAGUCCUUAUCUCAGAGGCAUUGGUUCUUUGAAUCGAGGAGGGUGGGUAUGAGGAUGCGCUCGGCUCUUAUGGCAGCUGUUUUUCAGAAACAGCUUAAGCUUUCUAGCCAGGGAAGGAGGAAUCAUUCUACAGGAGAAGUUGUUAAUUAUAUUGCAGUUGACGCGUACAGGCUUGGGGAUUUUCCGUAUUGGGUUCACAUGGCGUGGAGCCAACCGCUUCAGCUCAUUCUUUCUAUAGUCAUUCUAUUUUGGAUUGUGGGUUUGGGUGCUCUUCCGGGUCUAGUUCCUUUGAUCAUUUGUGGGUUUCUAAAUGUGCCCUUUGCAAAGAUAUUACAAGGUUACCAAUCGAAGUUCAUGGUCGCGCAAGAUGAAAGACUGAGAGCCACAUCCGAAGUAUUAAACAACAUGAAGAUCAUCAAAUUGCAAUCGUGGGAAGAGAAGUAUCGACAAAUGAUUGAGCUUUUAAGAGAAGGAGAGUUUAAGUGGCUGGCAGAAACUCAGCUUAAGAAGGCCUAUGGAACUGCUUUAUACUGGAUGUCCCCAACAUUCGUCUCAGCAGUGAUAUUAGCAGGAACGGCUGCUCUAAAAAGUGCCCCUUUAAAUGCUAGUACCAUUUUCACGGUCCUCGCAACCUUAAGGGUUAUGUCUGAACCAGUUAGAAUGCUACCUGAAGUCCUAUUAAUGAUGAUCCAAGUCAAAGUAUCAUUAGACCGCAUUAAGAUAUUCCUUCUAGAGGAUGAGAUCAAAGAAGAGGAUGUUAAUAGGAAGCCUUUACAGAAUACGGAUCUUUGUGUCAGAGUUCAGAACGGCAAUUUCAGUUGGGACCAAAAUGGGCCUACUCUUACUUUGAGGGACAUUAACUUGAGCAUACCUAGAGGACAAAAGAUAGCUGUUUGUGGGUCUGUUGGUGCUGGAAAAUCGUCACUAUUAUCUGCUUUACUUGGGGAGAUACCUAAAAUCUCAGGAUCAGUUGAGGUCUUUGGUUCCAUCGCAUAUGUUUCGCAAACUUCAUGGAUUCAAAGUGGGACGGUUCGUGAUAAUAUACUCUUUGGAAAGCCCUUCAAUAAAGCACUCUAUGAGAGGGCCAUCAAAUCGUGUGCUCUAGAUAAGGACAUUGGAAAUUUUGAUCAUGGAGAUCUUACCGAGAUAGGUCAGAGGGGAUUAAAUAUGAGCGGAGGACAGAAGCAAAGGAUUCAACUAGCAAGAGCAGUAUAUAAUGAUGCAGAUAUUUAUCUCCUUGAUGACCCUUUUAGUGCAGUUGAUGCACACACUGCUGCAACCCUUUUUUACGAUUGUGUCAUGGCUGCUCUUGGAAACAAAACUGUAAUUCUCGUAACUCAUCAAGUCGAAUUUCUCGCUGAGACUGAUAAAAUUCUGGUUAUGGAAAAUGGGCAAAUUACUCAAGCAGGAACAUAUGACAAGCUUCUCAAGGCUGGGACUGCAUUUGAACAGUUAGUUAACGCUCACAAAUCUUCAAUCACAAUAUUGAAAUCUAUAGACCAUCAAACCCAAACUGGAAAACAAAGAACAACUCGGGAUUUAGAGUCAGUAGGAUCAAAUUCUCUAAGGCAAAACAGUGACGCAGAAAUUUUAUUCAAGGCCAUUUCAGCAGUGCAGCUUACGGAGAACGAAGAAAAGGAAAUAGGAGAUCUUGGAUGGAAACCCUAUAAAGAUUAUCUGUAUGUUUCGAAGGGAUCUUUCUUUCUUACUUUGGUUAUAUUUGCUCAAUCUUCUUUUGUGAUUCUUCAAUGCCUUUCGACUUACUGGUUGGCAAUAGGUCUUCAGAUGAGUAACAUCAGUAGUGCGAUUUUGGUCGGAGUUUAUGCAGCACUUUCGAUUAUUAGUUGCUCCUUUACAUAUUUUAGGAGUUAUUUUGCAGCCCACCUCGGAUUGAGAGCUUCCAGGGCAUUUUUCACUGGUUUAAUGGAUUCAGUAUUCAAGGCUCCCAUGCUGUUUUUUGAUUCAACCCCUGUGGGAAGGAUUCUGACUAGGGCUUCUUCAGAUAUGAGUAUUUUGGACUUCGACAUACCAUAUUCAAUCUCUUUCGUGAUUGCUGGUGGUGUUGAGGCUGCUAUGGUCAUAAUAGUCAUGGCGACUGUAACAUGGCAAGUCCUAAUUGUAGCAACACCAGUAACAAUAUUGAUGAUAUAUAUUCAGAGGUACUAUAUAGCUUCAGUGAGGGAGCUAGUGAGAAUCAAUGGAACGACAAAGGCACCGGUUAUGAAUUAUGCAGCAGAGUCUAUGCUCGGCGUGGUGACUAUAAGAGCUUUUGCAGUGGCUGAGAGGUUCAUUCAGACCAAUUUAAAUCUUAUUGACGCUGAUGCUACGUUGUUCUUCCACACCAUUGCUGCAUUAGAAUGGGUGCUAUUAAGAGUAGAAGCCUUGCAAACUCUGCCCAUAAUUACUUCAGCCCUUUUCCUUGUUUUGCUUCCUCAAGGAAUUAUUUCACCAGGAUUUGCGGGUCUAUGUCUCUCAUAUGCCUUAACACUCACGCCUUCUCAAGUGUUUCUAACACGGUUCUACUCUAGCUUGGAGAACCAUAUCAUCUCCGUGGAGAGAAUCAAGCAGUUCAUGUACAUUCCACCAGAGCCUCCGGCUAUAAUUCCAGAAAAUAGGCCUCCACCUUCAUGGCCUUUUGAAGGAAGGAUCGAUCUGCAAGAAUUGAUGGUUAAGUACCGUCCCAAUGCGCCCCUUGUUCUCAAAGGAAUCACUUGCACAUUUUUAGCAGGAAAUAAGAUCGGGGUUGUAGGAAGGACUGGAAGCGGAAAAACCACUCUUAUAAGUGCUCUUUUUCGUCUCAUAGACCCCGUGAGUGGGAGGAUUCUUAUUGAUGGACUUGACAUAUGUUCUAUUGGAUUGAAGGACUUGAGAACAAAGUUGAGUAUAAUUCCUCAAGAACCAACUCUUUUCAGGGGAACUGUGAGGAGUAACUUGGAUCCUCUUGGCUUGCAUACUGACCAUGAGAUAUGGGAGGUCUUAGAGAAGUGCCAAUUGAAGAGCACAAUUAGCAGUCUUCCUACUCUUCUUGAUUCUUCAGUGAGCGAUGGCGGCGAGAAUUGGAGUGCAGGGCAGCGCCAACUCUUCUGCCUCGGUAGAGUUCUUCUUCGUAAGAACAAAAUUCUUGUUUUAGAUGAAGCAACUGCGUCGAUCGAUUCCGCCACUGAUGCUGUGCUGCAGAGAGUUAUAAAGCAGGAAUUCUCAAGUUGUACAGUCAUAACCAUUGCUCAUAGAGUUCCGACAGUUACUGACAGUGACAUGGUCAUGGUCCUAUCAUAUGGAAAACUUGUGGAAUAUGAAAAGCCCUCUAAAUUAAUGGAGACUAAGAACUCUGCCUUCUCUAAACUUGUCGCAGAGUACUGGUCAAACUGUAGGCGAAACUCAGCAAAUGAUCUUACUAUCCAGUAACAAGACACCUACGGAAACCAAUAGAAGCUGAAGUUUUAACGAUUUUCAUAAGUCACAAUUAAGUUUAUCUUAACUUUCGGGUAAGUUCCACCGAUUAAUGUUCCUGUGUACACACGUUUCAGCCCUUUAGCCAAUUCCUGAUUAGAGGAUCAUAAGAAGAAUAACGAAGAAUCACAAAGAUUCUUUGAUGAUGUUUUACUUGUUGUAAUGAUGGGCACGGAGGAAGUGUAUUUGAGUCAUGAAAAUAACAGCUUUGGCAAUGAAGAUAAGAGUUUGCAUGAGUUUCAUUUCUCGCAGCUGGAUGCCAUUUUAUGCAAUUACUGCAAGAGAACAAAGUAUUCUUGAA